GACACGAGUAACAGUGAGAGCCGGAGAGAAAUGGAGGGGCAGGAGACAGACGAUGCGGCUCACGGGAUUCACAAGAAGAAACACAAAAAGCACAAGAAACACAAGAAGAAACAUCACCAAGAUGGGAGGACUCCGGGGCUCUGGCCUGAAAGCACCCCAAAAGCACAAGCCAAACCUCAACUCAAGCUAAAGAUCAAACUAGGGGGGCAGGUCCUGGGCACCAAAAGUGUCCCCACAUUUACAGUGAUUGCAGAAGCUCGUCAGUCUCCAUCACCACUAAUGGGUGAGGAUGAGGAGGAGGCAGUGGAGGGGGUGCCCAUAGAACAGUACCGUGCGUGGCUGGAUGAAGACAGCAACUUGGAUCCCAUGCCUUCCCCCAGUGGUGCUGCAGGGCCCCCGCAGGAUGAUGAGAGUCAGUGGCUGGAGGCUCUGGAGAGAGGGGAACUCGAUGUCAAUGGAGACCUUAAGCGGGAGAUUGAUGAGUCUCUAUUAACUGCACGACAGAGAGCCCUCCUACAGAAGCAGCAGAUGCCGUCCCUCCCGCUGUUCCCCCCAGCCGCCUAUCCAUGCCCCCCACUAUCGGAGGAGAUGCUGGUGAAGCGGGAGGAGAAGGCGAGGAAGCGCAGGCUGCAGGCGGCUAAGAAAGCCGAGGAGAGUAAGAAACAGACCAUCGAGCGACUCACCAAGACCUCCAAGUCCCGGGGGGCUAAAGCUCCUCGAGAGAGAAGAGGCCGCCAGCCUCCCUGCCCCAUGAUCCGCUACCAGGACUCUGCUCAUGUCAUUUCACUCUCUUUUCCUACAGGAGUGCCCCCCCCUGCACCCUCCCAGCCACUCCCAGCGCUCCCCGCCCCCACCCUCUGUGGGGUCCCCGGCUGCAGUAACCCCAAGAAGUACUCCUGUUCUCACACCCGCACCCCUCUUUGUAGCCUGGAAUGUUACCGCAAGAACCUGCAGAGCUCCACACAGGAGUUGCCAGAGCCCCCCACACAGACCUAGUGACUCCUCCCACACAGACCUAGUGACUCCGCCCUCACAGACCUAGUGACUCCGCCCCCUGUACUAAGCGAUCAGGUGGAGGGAAGAGAGCACAAGCAGAGUGUGGGCACAGCAUGGGUAUUGUGGCACUGGAUGGGCAGCGGCGGUGCCCUUGUUUAUUGACUCAUCUAAUUCUUACUUGAAAGAAACGCCGCUCUCUGCCCUUCAGGUAAGUUCACUUGUGCUCUGCCCAGACAUAAUUACCCAACCUCCUUUGCACCAGUCAGAGAUUGGUGGCACAUAGAUUGCCCAUCAUCCACUCAUGAUAGUUGGACUUUUUCCUGAAGUUGGUUCCUUCUGUGGUUGUUAGGGGAUCUAGCCAUAGUUACCAGAUAGUACUUUCAUACCCAGGUGGCCAGGAUGGAGUGGGAAGAGAAGAAAUGAAUGAAUAAUACAUUCAAUAGAAGGCUGCCUCCUACCCUGCCCCCCUAAAUUAGACUGUACCCCACUACGUUUGCCCAGUAACCUGUAGCAACCAAUCAGAGGGUGACCAGGAAGUGCAACCUGCUGAUUGGUUACUGUACCUUCCACUCAGAAUGAAUAUACAAUGAGUGAACUUUCAGUAUUUCCGUAUAAAUAUGUGGAUGUGCAUAUACCAUUCCCAACCAAUCCCCUGCCAGUGUUCUGUGGGGCUGUUGCUGAACUAGAACUAUUCCGAGCAACCAUUCAGACAGGCUUUCUGGCAAUGUCCAUCUGCUGAACUCCCAACACUCUGCUUUGUGCUCAUAAGCGGCUCUGUAUCACAUGAUGAAUUGAAUGUGCUCAUUCUACACAAUUAUAUAUAGAAAUAUAUG